GCCCUGCCCUGAUCUGGCCAUCGGAGCCAAGCAGAGGACGCUGGUUUGGGCCCAGCGUAUGGGACUUUAUCGGCUGCGGGCUGUGACUUCCCUGGCGGUACCCGGCCAGUGGACGCUCCGGAGCGGUUGCUGGGCAACGGUGCCGUCGGCCCCUCCCCUCUGCGCAGGGUGGGGAGGGGCUUCCGGGGUGAGCGGUCUCCUGGCUGCAGCACAGUCCCCGCGGGCCACAGGCUCCUGUCCCAGGAUAUACGCCGCGCCCGCCGCCGUGAGCCUCGCCGUGCCUGGCCUUCCUGACCCUUCGUGGGUUCGUUUCCUGACCCUUCGCGGGUUCGCUGCCCAGUCUCAGGGCGCACCCUUAGGCCUGCCCUGGGAGCAGAGGGCUUGGCGCCUACCCGCAGGAAUUCAGAGCCUGCCUUCUGCCCUCCCUCAACUUGGGCAAGUUGACUCAUUUGACUAGGCCUCAGUUCCACAAGAGCCUAAGUAGCUGGAGCUGGAAAGAAACCUCGGGAUCUUUUAGUUAAGCCGCAGGCCCCCAGUCCUCUUUUAUGGGGAUUCUGGUUCGCAAUGGCUGACUAUCAAGAGAAAGACUUGCAGAAAUUUCUUAAAAAUGUGGAUGAAAUCACCAGUUUAAUUCAGGAGAUGAAUUCUGAUGACCCUGUCGUACAAGAGAAAGCCGUCCUCGAGACAGAAAAGAGACUACAGUUUAUGGAGCAAGACCGAGAGGAGGACGAGUGCAGGACCACCGUGAACAGGACCGUGAUCAGCCCUCCGCAAGCUCCCGCGAAGAAUGCAGAUGAAAUAAGCUCAGAAGCCUUCUUGGCAUCUGUGGAAAAGGAUGCAAAGGAACGUGCCAAAAGAAGAAGGGAAAACAAAGUCUUAGCAGAUGCCCUAAAAGAAAAGGGGAAUGAAGCAUUUGGCAAAGGUGAUUAUGAAACGGCCAUCUCGUGCUACAGUGAGGGUUUGGAGAAGCUGAAGGACAUGAAAGUGCUGUACACCAACCGAGCCCAGGCUUAUAUCAAACUUGGGGACUACCGGAAGGCGCUGACGGAUUGUGACUGGGCUCUGAAGUGUGAUGAAAAAUGCACUAAAGCAUAUUUCCACAUGGGAAAAGCCCACCUGGCCCUAAAGAACUACAGUGAGUCUAGAGAGUGUUAUCAGAAGAUCUUAGAAAUAAACCCCCAGCUGCAGACACAGGUGAAAGGUUACCUGAAUCAGGUAGAUCUUCGAGAGAAAGCAGACCUUCAGGAGAAGGAAGCUCAGGACUUGCUGGAUUCAGGAAAGGACACAGCCGUGACGACCAAGAAUCUCCUGGAGACCCUUUCCAAGCCUGAUCAGAUUCCCUUGUUCUAUGCGGGAGGAAUUGAAAUCCUGACAGAAAUGAUGAAGGAUUGUGCAGAACGAACUUUAUUCAGAACACACAAUGGAUUCAGUAUCAUCAGUGACAAUGAGGUCAUAAGAAGGUGCCUUUCCACAGCAGGAAAAGAUGCAGUGGAAGAGACAGUGUGUGUGUCUGUUCUCAGGCUCUGGCAGGCAGUGUGCAGUGAGAACGAGGAGAACCAGCGCCUGCUGGUGAUGCACCCCACCCGAGGCCAGCUACUGCCCGCCCUCUUGGCCUCCAGGGUCCCGACCAUCCAGGAGCAGAGCCUGGCCCUGCUGCUACAGCUCGCCCAGACCGAGAACGGACGGGGCCUGAUCAUCAGCCACCUUGACCUGACCAGGUUGUUGGAAGCCCUGGUGUCAUUUCUUGAUUUCUCAGAGAAGAAGGCCAACUCAGCCAUGGCACUACUCACAGACUUGGCUCUGGAAGAGAGGUUCCACGUUUGGUUCCAAGCCAGCCUUCCAGGUGCGCUCCCUGCGCUGGCAGCCGUGCUGAAGAGAGAUCCCAGGGUCACCAGCACGUCAGCCCUCUGCCAGUGCAUUGCCAUCCUGGGCAACCUCAGCGCCGAGCCUGCUGCCCGAAGACAGCUGUUUGCCUCUGAGGAAUUCGGGGAUGCCUGCUUGGGGCUCAUGGCCAAGUGCGAAGAGGACAUGGACCUGUUCAGAGAAGUCAUGUAUACCCUCCUGGGACUCAUGAUGAACUUGUGUCUUCAGCCCUCCUUGGUUUCUGAGGUGUGGGCCAUGGAGGUGAGUCGGAAGUGCCUGUCCCUGCUGAACAGCCCGGAUGGAGGAAUCCUCACAAGAGCCGCUGGUGUCCUCAGUCGCACCCUUUCUUCCUCGCUGACAAUUGUUGAGGAGGCCCUGAGAGCCGGAGUGGUGAAGAAAAUGAUUAAAUUCCUGAAGGCGGGAGGCCAGACUGCAUCGCGUUAUGCUAUAAAGAUACUGGCCAUCUGCACUAAUAGUUAUCACGAAGCACGAGAAGAAGUGAUAAGACUGGAUAAAAAGCUCAGUGUUCUGAUGCAGCUGCUCGGCUCGGAGGAUGAGAUUCUGGUGGGCAACGCCGCCCUCUGCCUGGGGAACUGCAUGGAGGUGCCACUGGUGGCCUCGUCCCUGCUGACCACAGACAUCGUGCAGGUCUUGCUGAGGCUUGCGGGCGGCGAUGCGCAGAAGACAGCUGUGCAGCUGAACGCAGGCAUCGCCCUGGGGAAGCUGUGCACGGCCGAGCCCAGGUUUGCUGCUCUUCUGAGAGAGCUUCAUGGGAUGGAAAUUCUCAACUCCACCAUGAAGCACGUGGACCGUUCUUGAGCGUCUGUGCGCAUUUUGCCAACACAGGAUUGUACACUCUGAGUUGUUCCCGUGCUGAUAAAGACGUUGGGGGUAUUCACCCAGCCCUGACUACUGAUCCUCAGGGGGCUUGCUGGUUGGUUUGCAGUGGUGGUGAGCCUCUGCCGGACUCUCUUAUAAGCAGCCGUUCUGGGUGGGAACCAGCUUCUGCCUACCUAACACCCGCCUGCCCCUUUUGCUGUUUUCUGCUGGCAACGUGUUAGAAAAGAUUGGUGUUUCAACAGAGUCA